AUGAUGGCUACUUUACCAGGAACAAUGCCUCGGAUGGUGCGCCCUGCGCCAGGCCAGAACUACCCCCGAACCGGCUUCCCACUGGAAGUAUCCACCCCUCUGGGCCAGGGUAGGGUGAACCAGCUUGGCGGAGUGUUCAUCAACGGGAGGCCCCUGCCAAAUCACAUCCGACACAAGAUUGUGGAGAUGGCCCACCACGGCAUCCGACCCUGCGUAAUCUCGCGACAACUGCGAGUUUCUCACGGUUGCGUCUCCAAGAUCCUCUGCCGGUACCAAGAGACCGGCUCGAUUCGUCCGGGGGCCAUAGGAGGCAGCAAGCCCAGGCAGGUGGCAACUCCUGACGUGGAGAAGAGGAUCGAGGAGUACAAGAGAGAGAACCCGGGUAUGUUCAGCUGGGAGAUCCGGGAUAAGCUGCUGAAGGACGGGGUGUGCGACAGAAGCACAGUUCCUUCAGGUGAGGCUUCAUCUGUGAGCUCCAUCAGCCGCGUUUUGAGGGCCCGAUUUGGCAAAAAAGAUGACGAGGAUGACUGUGAUAAGAAGGAUGAAGAUGGAGAAAAGAAAACAAAGCAUAGCAUCGAUGGCAUCCUCGGUGAUAAAUGUAACCGCACAGAUGAUGGCUCAGAUGUAGAUUCGGAGCCCGACUUGCCUCUGAAGAGGAAGCAGAGGCGCAGUCGCACCACCUUCACCGCCGAGCAGCUGGAGGAGCUGGAGAAGGCUUUUGAAAGGACGCAUUACCCAGACAUCUACACCAGAGAGGAGCUGGCUCAGAGGACAAAACUCACAGAAGCGAGAGUACAGGUGUGGUUCAGCAACAGGCGGGCUCGGUGGCGUAAACAGGCCGGUGCCAAUCAACUAGCGGCCUUCAACCACCUGCUUCCUGGAGGAUUCCCACCCACAGGGAUGCCAACUUUACCCACAUACCAGCUACCAGAGUCCAGCUACCCCAGCACCACACUAUCGCAGGAGGGCAGCAGUACGUUGCACAGACCCCAGCCCCUGCCUCCAUCUUCCAUGCACCAGGGAGGUCUGAGUGCUGACAGCAGCUCUGCUUAUGGUCUGUCGUCCAAUCGCCACAGCUUCUCCAGCUACUCUGAUACCUUCAUGAGCCCCUCAGCAUCCAGCAACCACAUGAACCCUGUCGGCAACGGGCUCUCCCCACAGGUGAUGAGUAUCCUGAGUAACCCCAGCGCCGUACCCUCCCAGCCCCAGCACGACUUUUCCAUUUCCCCCCUGCACAGCAGCCUGGAGAGCUCCAACCCCAUCUCAGCCAGCUGCAGCCAGCGCUCUGACACCAUCAAGAGUGUGGACAGCCUGGCUUCCUCCCAGUCGUACUGCCCCCCCACCUACAGCGCCACCAGCUACAGCGUGGACCCUGUCACUGCAGGCUACCAGUACAGCCAGUACGGCCAGACUGCUGUAGACUACCUGGCUAAGAACGUGAGCUUGUCCACCCAGAGGAGGAUGAAACUUGGAGACCACUCGGCCGUGCUAGGACUGCUGCAGGUGGAGACGGGACAGGCCUACUGAAACCCUCGGGACACACCCUGCACCUCUCCUCACCCUCUGCCACCCUCCUCCAUGCUCCAUCAAGUCUGGACUCCAACUCCAGCACGCCUCUCUGCUGCUCGCUCUGCAGCCCGGCCAUGACAUCAGCACUCUCUGUGCACCGGAGAAAAUGACGCUUGUAGGUGUGACAAGGCUCUUCGGGGAAUGGAACUAAACUUUUCACGCCUUUGUCAACCACCAGGCGGCUAUGUACCCUCUCUUCUCAAUCUUUGGGCGUCUCUGCCUGCUCCUUGUCCUCCUACCCCUGCCCCAAACACAGUUUUGUUUUCAGAGGGCCAGACAGGACCCCAGACGACCCGAGGAUGGUCGGCCGCCUUGGCCCGGGUUCCUCUUUGUCAUGGCUGCAGUCCAGCACACAUUUAGAGCCAUCAACAACAUGUACUUUGACCUUGCUGUUCAUAGUAGUUAACAAAGCCAAUAUCAUUUGAGCGACUCUUAUUCUUGUUCCUUUUUGAUAUUGUUAAGAUUAUUGUUGCUGUUAUAUGAUUAUGGUUAAUGUGAUUUAUGUUGUUCUUUGAUUCCAUUUGUAUCUCUUUUUUCUCUGUUAGAUGUUGGCGUAUAAAACACAGUGGAUGACUGACAUGAUUUGGGAGUGAGUGUCUGUUGCGUAUGCAUGUUUGCGUGUUGGCACAGUCACACACAGAGAGAGAGGAUGAUUGUUUUCCAAGCUGCUGUCCCUCUGCCUGUUCUCUGAGCUCUAAAUGUUCGUGAGCGGUUUGACCUUCCCACUUUCAUAUUCAUCUUGACAUUCCUAAAGAACUUGGCCACUCUGUGGGAAGUCUGGCUGGAGGGAUUCUGCAGGGAAUUAAAGCAGCGUUUUGGCGGCCAAUAGCUUUCCCCUUCUAACCUCCAUCCCAUCCUUAGCCGCGGUCCAUGGGGAGGGGGUAUUGUUUGUAAAAACAGGAUUGGAGAAAUUAAUGUAUUUUGUUUAGAAAUAUGGACCUUGCCAAGGAGGGCUAACUCAAUUCCCCCCCCCCUUCAACCCCUCCCAAAUCCCAUCUGCCAGGAAAUCCUGUGUGAUUUAAACAGUGUAAAGCAGAUUAAAUCACACAAAUAUAAUGUCAAAGCUAAUUCACAGUGACCCUUCCCCUCACUAGCCAGUAUUUUCUGUUUUUAUAGAGUCAUUAGCACAUUUUGUAAAUGCACCUUCAGUUGGUUUCCACUUUCAGACUAAAUAAGCAUUCCUUCGAAACAUUCCAAAGGCUCCAUCUACAAAUUUAUAAGCAUUCCAACGCUUUCUGUUACGAGAUUAAAAAGUACACAAGCUGUGCCAUUCACAUGCACUCUGGAAAAUCAUAUAAUCCAGUCAGUUGUGAAAGGGCACAGGUAACACCACUGAUUUGAGUGGCCCCCACCCCCUCUCUCUGGUUCUGACUGGAGCCCCCUCUAAUCCUCCGCUUUGACGUACUCACUGAAAUGUACAAAAAAGAAGAAAAAAAAUUAAAGAAUAGUGGAUCUGAGACAUUUGUGUAGCACUCAUAGUUGACUUCUGACACAAUGCAGGACCAGCGAUUCCCUUGAGAUGUGUUUGAUUUUUUUUUUUUUUUUUUUCACUGGCAUCGGUGUGAUGAUGUACACAAAAUUGUUAACUUUAAUCUUAAAACAGGAUCUGGUCCUCAGUCGCCUUUAAAAACUGAAACCUGUACAGUAGCCGGAGCAGAUUGUGUAUUGUUUGUUUAUAAAGAGUAUGUUUUAUACUAAAACAAAACUAUGUUGAGUGGUAGGUAAGCAAGGGAUCUGUGGAAGUAAAUGUUUGAUUUGAGUUUCCUUAACUGGCUUGUUUUUUUGUU